AUUCUUUAAUAUUGCAUGCAACAUCGCAUUUCUUUCUGGACUUCCAACAACAACCUUGAACUGGCAACCUCUGGGUGUUGCCUGAGCUCUGUAGAAAGCCUCAAGAGCACAGGGUGGUGUUUGCCCUUUUUCUUGUGACUCUUAUGUUCCUGUUGGCUUCUUUCUCACGUUCAGGUUUCCAUCAGAUCUCACAGAACAAAGUGGCAGUGCUGCUCCUGGCUGGCGGGCAAGGAACUCGCCUGGGAGUGAGCUACCCAAAGGGCAUGUACGAUGUGGGGUUGCCCAGUGGCAAGACCUUGUAUCAGAUCCAGGCAGAAAGAAUCCAGAAAGUGGAGCAGCUCGCUGGCCAGAGAUACCACCACAAGUGUACCAUACCCUGGUACAUUAUGACAAGUGAGUUCACCUUGGGGCCGACAGAAGAGUUCUUUGCAGAACACAACUACUUUAACCUGGAUAAGUCCAACGUGAUCAUGUUUGAACAGAGGAUGCUGCCAGCUGUCACCUUUGAUGGGAAGGCCAUCUUGGAGGAGAAGGGGAAAAUUGCGAUGGCUCCAGAUGGCAACGGUGGCUUAUAUCGUGCUUUGGUGGAUAAUAAGAUCUUGGAUGACAUGAAACAGCGUGGUAUCCAGUAUGUCCAUGUAUACUGUGUGGACAAUAUCCUCGUCAAAAUGGCAGAUCCAGUCUUCAUAGGCUUCUGUGUUUCCAAAGGGGCGGAUUGCGGUGCUAAGGUGGUGGAGAAGGCCUAUCCCACAGAGCCCGUCGGGGUAGUGUGCCGUGUGGAUGGGGUCUAUCAGGUGGUGGAGUACAGUGAGAUCAGCCUGGAGACGGUGCAGCAGCAAAGCCCUGAUGGGAGGCUGAUGUACAGCACUGGCAAUAUCUGCAACCAUUUCUUCACGGUUGAUUUUCUGCAGACGGUGGCCCAGAAAUUUGAGCCCCAGCUGAAGCAUCAUGUAGCCAUAAAGAAGGUGCCCUACAUUGACGAGGAGGGAAAUCUGGUAAAGCCGCUAAAACCGAACGGGAUAAAGCUGGAGAAGUUUGUAUUUGAUGUGUUCCAGUUCUCUAAGAAUUUCGUGGCAUUUGAAGUUUUGAGAGAAGAGGAGUUCUCGCCACUAAAAAAUGCAGACACAGCUGACAAAGACACUCCUACCACUGUUCGGCAAUCCCUCUUGGCCCAGCAUUACCGCUGGGCUCUCAAGGCUGGGGCGAAAUUUGUGGAUGAAAAUGGUUGCAGGAUACCAGAGAAACUCAGCGUCUCAGGAACUGAAGAUCAUCCUCCAGCUGUGUGUGAGAUUUCUCCAUUAGUGUCUUACUUUGGAGAGGGUCUGGAGGUGUAUAUGAAGAACAAAGACUUCUGUUCUCCCUUUAUACUCGAUGAAAACAAAGCGGAAAUGCUAAGAAAUUCUUGAAGAGGAGGGAGGACUUCUCCCCCUCAAAUCUGAUGUAUAUCCAUUACGAGAACUGACAUUACUAAAAUGUCAGCUAUUAAGUGUGCUAUGAGAAAUGGCUUUGCAUUAUUGGAUGGAUGUCAAAUCCUUGUAGCAGUUGUGUUUACACAUACCUGUAUCCAUUCCGGUUCUGUUUGGUAACUUUGAAAGCUGUGCCUUUUACCUAGGUCUGUUUUGUACCCUUAGAUAUGAAUGAAGGUUAAAACCUUCCAGAUACCAAACAGAUUUUAUAUUUCUUUUUUGUUGCGCAUACAAAUAUGUAAAUCAGCCAAUCAGGACCUAAUUAAUCUGCUUUGCAUUCAAGAAGAUUAAAUCUCUGCAGUGCCUUGCUAGGUAUCUUCUUUGUGCUGUUUUUUUUUCUUCUUUUGAAGUUGUGAGCACAGAUGAAGCAGGAUCAGUGUGAGGCCCCACCCUGAAGAGGUUUGAAUGACUUGAUGCAUAGGGAAAUUUCUGCCCACAGAUCUGUCUCUUCCCUAGUCCUGUGCAGGUUAGAAGAUCCAAUUCAGCAGUUACGUUCUCUAACCCAAGUGUACAGAGUUUGAUGUAGCUAGGGAUGCUGCUAUACACAGUGUUGCUUGAGGUAUGGACUCUAAAGCAGGCUAUCCCUGCUAAGCUUGGAGGUAGCAUUCCAAAAAAAAAAAAAAAAACCAAAAAAACCCAAAGUAAA